AUCCAAUAUCGCUGCAAUUCUUCUUCUCACACUGAGUUUUGUAAUCUAAAACCCAGAAAAACCCCAACAAAACAGCCAUUUAUUAUUAUAUCAUGAACUGAAAAAAAAAAAAAAAGACAAAAAAAAAAUGUUUGGCGCUUCAAUAUUGUCUCCAAUUCCCACACAAUGUUAUCCUAACUUUUUUCAUUCGUAUUUUCCAAACUUAAAUUCCUCUUACCAACGGUAUCUAAAGUUGAAUAAGCUAAAAGAAAAAGAAAAAAAGAAUCGAUUAAUCGUUUUAAGCGAUACGAGUUACGAAGUUGGUGGUGGAUUCCCAGUGGAUGAACUUCUUAACCGAAAUGAAAGGGAAAGUUCGGAUAAUAAUAGUGAUACAUCUGCUCAACGUGAAGCACUUCUUAAAGGAGGAGAUCAAGUUAUCUCUGUUAUGCAGGAAAUGAUUACACUCUUGGAAGACAUGGAUAUGGAUGAAGAAUCUGAAAAAAUAGCAGUGGAGUUGGCUGCACAAGGAGUUAUUGGUAAGAGAGUUGAUCAGAUGGAAAAUGAUUUCAUGAUGGCCCUUGAUUACAUGAUCCAGCUUGCUGAGCAGGACCAUGACGACAAGCGCAAGUCACUGUUGGAAGUUAUCAAAGAGACAGUAUUAUCACAUCUAACAAAAAAAUGCCCACCCCAUGUUCAAGUAAUUGGUCUUCUUUGUAGAACUCCCAAAAAGGAAAGCAGAUAUGAAUUGUUACGCCGAGUUGCAGCAGGUGGUGGUUUAUUUAAAGGCGAGAAUGACUUGAAGAUUCAUAUCCCAGGGGCAAAUCUAAAUGACAUAGCCAACCAAGCUGAUGAUUUGUUAGAGACAAUGGAAACACGUCCUAUUGUGCCUGAUCGAAAACUGCUUGCAAGGCUUGUUUUGAUUAGAGAAGAAGCUCGUGAUAUGAUGGGAGGGGGGAUUUUGGACGAAAGAAAUGACCGUGGAUUAUAUACUCUACCUCAGGCCGAGGUGAACUUCCUAACUAAAUUGGUGGCUUUAAAACCUGGGAAAAUUGUGCUCGGUAUGAUAAAAAAUGUGAUGCAAGGAAAAGAUGAAGGUGCAGACAACUCUGGCAACGAUGGUGAAGAUGAAAGAGUUUCAAUAGGAAUUGGUGGAAGGGCAAGUGUGACAGGACGGAAGCCACUUCCCGUACGCCCUGGCAUGUUUCUCGAAACAGUCUCUAAGGUAUUGUCCGGUAUAUAUGCUGGAACUGACUCUGGUAUCACCGCACAACAUCUGGAAUGGGUUCAUCAAAAGACACUUCAAGUCCUUCAGGAGAUAGCAUUUAACUAGUUUAAUCUCUAUUUCUCUUCCUAUAAUCCAAUUGUUGUUUUUUUAAUGGUGAAGAAGGAUGGCUCACUGUAGUUACUCUUUGUGAUGCCGAAAAGACUUUCUAGGCUGUUUAUAGAGAUAGAUAGCUUUAAAGAUAAUGUCAACUUUUUGAACCUUUGCAAAGAAAACUAAUGUAAAUUUAUUACAUACGGUAAAGAAUAGUAGAUAUCAUAAAAUCUGGAUUUUGCUA